AUGGACUACGACAAAAUGAUGAAAAUCGUCCAAGACGCCCACAAAGAUCCCUCAACCAUCGACCCAGACCGCAUCCUGAACCACAUCUUCGCCUCCACGGGCUACAGCGUAGAAAAUCCCCCUCCCGAAGCCGUCAUCAAACAGCUCAAAAUCGACUUUGCACCCUGGCUCCCCGCCUUCUGCUUCCUCAAGCCCGACCUCGAGUACUGCCAGGAAGGCGUCAUCUCCUUCUACUCGUACCGCGUCUCCCUGGCUGCAAACGUCGUCUUUCUCGUCCUGUUUUUCCUGUCGUUUUGCGGGUUCGCGUAUACCAUGUACCGCACGCGCCGGGCGAACCUGUUUAGCGUCGCCAUGAUGCUGGGGAUCGUGUCCGAGAUGAUUGGAUACUCGGGACGCAUCUUCAGCUGGAAGAACCAGUGGAACGAGAAUCCUUUCUUGGUGCAGGUUUGCUGUUUGACUGUCGGUCCGGCGUUCCUCGCCGCGGGCAUCUAUCUCUGUCUGCGGCGGAUCGUCACAGCGUUUGGGCCCAAGAACUCGAGGAUCCCGCCGAAAUGGUACACCAGGAUCUUCAUCCCCUGCGACCUAAUCUCCCUCGCCCUCCAAGCCGUAGGCGGCGCCCUCGCCUCCGUCGCCUCCAAACGCGACCUCCCCACCGCAAAAGGCGACGCCGUCAUGAUCGCAGGCCUCGCCUUCCAAGUCUUUACCAUGUUCGCCUUCAUGCUCGUCGCCGCCGACUUCGCCCUGCGCACCUACCGCGCCUCCCGCCACGCCCACCUCCCCAACCUCUCCUGCGCCCUCGACAACCACCCGGACAUGGUCCGCCUCCGCCGCUCCUCGCGCUUCAAGGGCUUCCUGGGCGCCCUCGUGGUGUCCACCGUUUGCAUCUUCAUCCGCUGCGUCUUUCGCGUCAUUGAGCUCAGCGGCGGGUGGACGGGCCCCCUGAUGGCGCGCCAGGAUCUUUUCAUCGCGUUUGAGGGCGUCAUGAUUGUCGUUUCCGUCGUGGGGUUGAAUUUCUUUCAUCCUGCGCUGUGUGGUUCGCAGUUGUUUAAGCCGCCGGCUGAUCGUACUGCUGGCGUGCCAAACAGGCGUAGGAGGAUCAUUUCGGGACCGAGGUUGGUCAACUUUGAUUCAUAUGAAAAGAGCAAUGGGAGCUCCAUCGAGACUGCUUAA